AGCCUGGGGGUGACAGAAUCCUGGUCCACACAGCCUGGGGGGUGGCAGAGUCCUGGUCCACACAGCCUGGGGGGUGGCAGAGUCCUGGUCCCCGCAGCCUGGGGGUGACAAACACUUGAUCCCGUCUGCCUCGGGGAGGUGACAGCCCCCAAUCCCCCAGCCCUGGAGGGAGGUGCCGUUCCCCGGUUCCCCGGCCCGGGGAGGGGUGGGGUGCCGUUCCCCGGUUCCCCAAGCCCCGGGAGGGGUACCAGCUCCCGGUUCCCCGGCCCCGGAGGGUGCCGUUCCCCGGUUCCCCAAGCCUCGGGAGGGUGCCGUUCCCCGGUUCCCCAAGCCCCGGGAGGGUGCCGUUCCCCGGUUCCCCAAGCCCCGGGAGGGUGCCGUUCCCCGGUUCCCCGGCCCCGGAGGGUGCCGUUCCCCGGUUCCCCAAGCCUCGGGAGGGUGCCGUUCCCCGGUUCCCCGGCCCCGGGAGGGUGCCGUUCCCCAGUUCCCCGGGCCGGGAGGGUGCCGUUCCCCGGUUCCCCGGCCCCGGAGGGUGCCGUUCCCCGGUUCCCCAAGCCCCGGGAGGGUGCCGUUCCCCGGUUCCCCGGCCCCGGAGGGUGCCGUUCCCCGGUUCCCCAAGCCCCGGGAGGGUGCCGUUCCCCGGUUCCCCGGCCCCGGAGGGUGCCGUUCCCCGGUUCCCCAAGCCUCGGGAGGGUGCCGUUCCCCGGUUCCCCAAGCCUCGGGAGGGUGCCGUUCCCCGGUUCCCCGGCCCCGGGAGGGUGCCGUUCCCCGGUUCCCCGGCCCCGGAGCGUGCCGGCCGCGCUGUCCCGCGGGGCGGUGACACGGCGGUGGCGGUGGCGGCGGGGCGGCGCCAGGCCCGGCGGGCUCGGAGCGGAGCCCGCGGCUCCCGGUGCCGCCGCUGCUGCGCCUUUAACGCGGCGGCCCCGCCGCCUCCCCCGCGGCUCCGGCGGCUCCGGCGGCGGCGCUGGGCGAUGGCGGAGUCCGGCGGGGCCGAGUUCGGCGCGGAGCGGCCGAGCAGCAUGGCUGACAAGAACAGCACCCUGAAAUGCACGUUCUCUGCUCCUGGCCACAGCACCACGCUGCUGCAGGGACUGGCCUCGCUCCGAGCCCAGGCUCAGCUGCUUGAUGUCAUCCUCACUAUAAAUAAUGAAGUGUUUCAGGUUCAUAAAGUUGUCUUGGCUGCCUGCAGUGACUAUUUCAGGGCGAUGUUCACGGGCGGGAUGAGAGAGGCCAGCCAGGAUGUGAUCGAGCUCAAAGGCGUCUCUGCCAAGGGCCUGAAGCACAUCAUCGACUUCGCCUACAGCGCCGAGGUCACGCUGGACCUCGACUGCAUCCAGGACGUGCUGGGAGCCGCCGUCUUCCUGCAGAUGGUGCCGGUGGUGGAGCUGUGCGAGGAGUUCCUCAAGUCGGCCAUGAGCGUGGAGACGUGCCUCAACAUUGGCCAGAUGGCCACCACCUUCAGCCUCGCCUCCCUCAAGGAGUCCGUGGACGCCUUCACCUUCAGGCACUUCCUGCAGAUCUCCGAGGAGGAGGAUUUCCUCCACCUGCCCCUGGAGCGCCUGGUGUUCUUCCUGCAGAGCAACAAGCUCAAGAGCUGCAGCGAGAUCGAGCUGUUCCGCGCCGCCGUGCGCUGGCUGCAGUUCGAGCCCGCGCGCCGCGCCAGCGCCAGCCAGGUGCUGUGCCACAUCCGCUUCCCGCUCAUGAAGUCCUCGGAGCUGGUGGACAGCGUGCAGACCCUGGACAUCAUGGUGGAGGACGUGCUGUGCCGCCAGUACCUGCUGGAGGCCUUCAACUACCAGAUCCUGCCCUUCCGGCAGCACGAGAUGCAGUCGGCGCGCACGGCCAUCCGCUCGGACGUGCUGUCCCUCGUCACCUUCGGGGGCACGCCCUACACCGACAACGACCGCACCGUCAGCGCCAAGGUCUUCUGCCUGCCCGACGCCGGCGGGCGCCAGUUCCGCGAGCUGAGCGAGAUGGAGGUGGGCAGCAGCCACUCCUGCGUGGCCGUGCUGGACAACUUCGUCUACCUGGUGGGAGGGCAGCAGCUGCAGUACCGCAGCGGGGAGGGCGCCGUGGACGUCUCCUACCGCUACGACCCCCACCUCAACCAGUGGCUGCGCAUCCAGGCCAUGCAGGAGAGCAGGAUCCAGUUCCAGCUCAACGUGCUGCGCGGCAUGGUGUACGCCACGGGCGGCCGCAACCGCUCGGGCAGCCUGGCCUCGGUGGAGAAGUACUGCCCCAAGGACAACGAGUGGACCUACGUGUGCUCGCUGAAGCGCAGGACGUGGGGCCACGCCGGGGCCACCGUGGGCGACAAGCUCUACAUCUCGGGGGGCUACGGCAUCUCCGUGGAGGACAAGAAGGCGCUGCACUGCUACGACCCCGCCGCCGACCAGUGGGAGUUCAAGACCCCCAUGAACGAGCCCAGGGUGCUGCACGCCAUGGUCAGUGCCAACGGCAGGAUUUACGCCCUGGGAGGCCGCAUGGACCACGUGGAUCGCUGUUUCGAUGUCCUGGCCGUGGAAUAUUACGUCCCCGAGACGGACCAGUGGACCACGGUGAGCCCCAUGCGCGCGGGGCAGUCGGAGGCCGGCUGCUGCCUCCUGGAGAAAAAGAUCUACAUCGUGGGGGGCUACAACUGGCACCUGAACAACGUCACCAGCAUCGUGCAGGUCUACAACACAGAGACGGACGAGUGGGAGAGGGACUUGCACUUCCCAGAGUCUUUUGCUGGCAUUGCCUGUGCCCCCGUCAUCCUCCCGCAGGCGACGAGCCAGAGGUGACUGCGGGGGCCCGGGGCUGGGCAGAGGCAGGGACAGAGCAGCCCCAGAAAGUCCUGCUCCUGCUGGGGAGUGCAGCUCCAGCAGCAGCGCUCCUCAGCCAGGCAGACUGAACAGACGUGAGAGCUGGGGAAAGCUUUGCUCUCCUCUCUCAGCCUUUGCUUUGGUGGGGGUGCGUUUUGCCAACUUUUCGUAUUUCUAACGGCGUCACGCACUGCAAACAUUGGCAGCUCAGGAGUCACUCAGCACUGGGGUCUUGUUUCCAAGAGAUCAGGUGAGGGUUUUUUAUCAAUAGCUCCAAAAAUAAAAAUCGGCGUGCGUCGCUUUGUCGGGUUUUUAGCAAACAACAGAAAAACGAAACUCAAAAGCUGUGUAACACACUGACCUCCAGAAGCAAUAAAAGGACAGUGGGAGCUACAGGAGCUCAGGUGCUUGGAUUGGGAAGGCAGAUCCCUGUUUUUCAAAGGUGACUUUUCCUUUUUUUCCCUGCCUGAAAAAGGGAAUAUUUAUCCCUGCACACCUCUGGUCUUCACUGCUUGGAUCACGCUGCAGUUCCUCGCCCCCUCCAGCUCCUCUAGUGCAGAAAUUCUCCCUUAAUUGGGGCAUGCAGAGUUUGCAGCACUAAAGCCAUGGUGAAAGCUUGAUUAUAUAUAAACAGGCGUGAUUAUUUGGGUUUAGAAGUGCCAAAAAUUUGUCUGCCCUGGCAAUAAAAGCUCUGCAGUCGUCCAUCAGUGAAGCCAAGAGCUCCUGCAGAUUCUGGGUCCGGGUUUUCACCUCUCCCAGCACCUUCAUCCCAACUCUUCCUCCAGUGAAGGAGGUGGGUGCUACUCCUUCAGCAGCUGGAAGGUUUUCUUCCCUGCCAUGGGAAUGAGCUGCUUGGCAUCCCAAAAUGAUGGGAGUCCCAGUGGAACGUGGCUUUGUUGUUGUGGUGGUAUUUUAACUUAGAGGUUGGUUUGAGAUGGCUCUGCCAUUUUUGUAAAAUCUUCACUGCACAGAACACUUCCUGAACUUUCCUCCAAGCCAUUCUCCUUGUUUAAUUUGAUGAAUGAAUUGCAAAAAUCUCUGCUUUUUUCAGGAAUUCUGUUUCCAAGGGCUUUGUUUUGUAUCUGUGUCAGCUUGAUUUGGAUGCACACGGUCUCCUUUUGUAGAGAAGCUGUUGCAUUCUGCUCUGAAAUAAAUCCUGGGCUGCAACCUUUAGUGACAACUCAUAA